AUGGGUAUCACCAAAAGAGUCGGAAGAUCAAAUAAACAACCACCUCCAAAGAGAAAUGGUAUCCAAAAGGCUACAUUUGAUGUUGGAAAGAAAAAAGAAGUUGGUGUAUCUGAUUUAACUUUAUUAACCAAAAUUAGUGAUGAAUCAAUAAAUGAAAAUUUACAAAAAAGAUUCGAUAAUGGUACUAUUUAUACUUAUAUCGGUCAUGUCUUAAUCUCUGUUAAUCCUUUUAGAGAUUUAGGUAUUUAUACUGAUCAAGUUCUUUCAACUUAUCAGGGGAAAAAUAGAUUAGAAGUUCCACCUCAUGUUUUUGCAAUUGCUGAAUCAAUGUUUUAUAAUUUAAAAGCUUAUAAUGAAUCUCAAUGUGUUAUUAUCUCAGGUGAAUCAGGUGCUGGUAAAACUGAAGCUGCAAAAAGAAUUAUGCAAUAUAUUGCUUCAGUUUCUGGCUCAAAUAAUUCUUCAAAACAAAUUCAACAAAUUAAAGAUAUUGUAUUGGCAACAAAUCCUUUAUUGGAAUCUUUUGGUUGUGCUAAAACUUUAAGAAAUAAUAAUUCUUCAAGACAUGGGAAAUAUUUAGAAAUUCAAUUUAAUAAUCAAUUUGAACCUGUUAGUGGUAAUAUAACAAAUUAUUUAUUAGAAAAACAAAGAGUCGUGGGUCAAAUUCAAAAUGAACGUAAUUUUCAUAUUUUUUAUCAAUUUACAAAAGGUGCUAGUGAAAAUUAUAGACAAAUUUUUGGUGUUCAACAACCUGAUCAUUAUAUUUAUACUUCAAGAGCAAAAUGUAUAACUGUUGAUUCAAUUGAUGAUUUAAAAGAUUUUAAUGAUACUUUAUCUGCAAUGCAAACAAUUGGUGUUACUCAGGAUGAACAAGAUCAAAUUUUUAGAAUAUUGGCAGCUAUUUUAUGGAUUGGUAAUAUUACAUUUAUGGAAAAUGAUGAAGGAAAUUCUCAAGUUAAAGAUACUUCUGUAACAGAUUUUGUUGCAUAUUUAUUACAAGUUGAUUCUGAAAUUUUAAUUAAAUCAAUAACUCAACGUGUUAUGGAAACUUCUCAUGGUAUGAAAAGAGGUUCAGUUUAUGAAGUUCCAUUAAAUAUUACUCAAGCUAUCGCAGUGAAAGAUGCUUUAGCAAAAGGUUUAUAUAAUAAUUUAUUUGAUUGGAUUGUGGCAAGAGUUAAUAAAGCUUUACAAACUAUUGGUGGUGCAUCAAAAUCAAUUGGUAUUUUAGAUAUUUAUGGGUUUGAAAUUUUUGAACAUAAUUCAUUUGAACAAAUUUGUAUUAAUUAUGUUAAUGAAAAAUUACAACAAAUUUUCAUUCAAUUAACUUUAAAAUCUGAACAAGAUGAAUAUGUUCGUGAACAAAUUCAAUGGACUCCAAUUAAUUAUUUUAAUAAUAAAAUUGUUUGUGAUUUAAUUGAAGCUAAAAGACCUCCAGGGAUUUUCGCUGCUUUAAAUGAUUCUUGUGCAACUGCACAUGCUGAUUCUUCUGCAGCUGAUCAAUCAUUUGCUCAAAGAUUAAAUAUGGUUACUUCAAAUAAACAUUUUGAAUUAAGACAAUCAAAAUUCCUUGUUAAACAUUAUGCAGGUGAUGUUACUUAUGAAAUUAAUGGUAUGACUGAUAAAAAUAAAGAUCAAAUGUUGAAAGAUUUAUUAGAUUUAUUAUCAACUUCAUCAAAUCAAUUUUUAACAAAUUUAUUCCCUGAAACAAUUGAUCAAAAUUCUAAAAGAAGACCACCAACCGCUGGUGAUAAAAUUAUCAAAAGUGCAAAUGAAUUAGUUGAUACGCUAUCAAAAGCUUCACCUUCAUAUAUUAGAACUAUUAAACCAAAUCAAAAUAGAUCUCCUUCAGAAUAUGAUACAAAGCAAGUUUUACAUCAAGUUAAAUAUUUAGGUUUACAAGAAAAUGUUCGUAUUAGAAGAGCAGGUUUUGCAUAUCGUCAAACUUUUGAUAAAUUUUCUGAAAGAUUUUAUUUAUUAUCACCAAAAUGUUCUUAUGCAGGUGAUUAUAUUUGGGAAGGUGAUUCCAAGACAGGUGUUGUACAAAUUUUAAAAGAUGCAGGUAUACCAAGUUCAGAAUAUCAAAUGGGUGUUUCAAAAGUUUUCAUUAAAACUCCUGAAACUUUAUUUGGGUUAGAAAGUUUGAGAGAUCGUUAUUGGUAUAAUAUGGCUGCAAGAAUUCAAAGAGCUUGGAGACGUUAUCAAAAAAGAAAAAUUGAUAGUGCUAUUAAAAUUCAAAGAUUUUGGAGAGAAAAAACUGGUGGGAAUCAAUAUGAACAAUUACGUGAUUUUGGUACAAAAUUAUUAGGUUCAAGAAAAGAACGUCGUUCAAUGUCUUUAUUGGGUUAUAGAUCAUUUAUGGGUGAUUAUUUAAAUUCAAAUGAAUUAAAUACAAGAGGUUCAUUUGUUAAAAAUCAAGUUGGUAUUAAGGAAAAAAUUAUAUUUUCUUCAAAUGCUGAAUCACUACAUUCAAAAUUUGGUAGAUCUUCAACAAGAGUUCCAAGAACUGUUUUCUUAACAUCAUCAACUGUUUAUAUUGUUGCUCAUCAAGUUAUUGAUAGAAAAGUUUCUUAUACUUUAGAAAGUUCAAUACCAAUUUCAAAUAUUAAUUAUUUAGGUUUAUCAAAUUUACAAGAUGAUUGGGUUGCAAUUUCAUUGAAGAAUGGUUCUUCAAUUCCAGAUCCUUUUAUUAAUUUAUCAUUUAAGACUGAAUUUAUUACACAUUUGAAAAAAUUAAAUAAUAGUAUUAAAAUUGAUAUUGAUACAACAAUUAAAUAUCAAAAAAAACCUGGGAAAUUUCAUACAGUUAAAACUCAAAUUAGUUCAACAGCACCACCAUAUAGUGAUUUAUAUAAAUCUGGUACAAUUCAAGUUAAUCAUGGUAAUCCUGCAACUUCAAAAUCUCAUGAAAAACCAAAAAGACAAAGUUCUGGUGUUGCUAAUUUAGAUUUUACACCAAGAAAACAAGCAUCUUAUGUUUCAUCAGGUCAACCUAAAUCAACAAGAAAAGUUCCACCUCCAGCUCCUGGUUCUGUUCAUGUUCCACCUCAACAACAAAAUCCUCAACCUGUUUUUAAUAAUAAUAAUAAUAUUAAUAAUAACAAUACUGCAACUGCUGCCGCUGCUGCUGCUUAUCAUCCAAAUCAACAACAACAGCAACAAGUUCAACCUUCCAUCCCACCAAAACCUCAACAAAGAAAAGUUCCACCACCAAGACCUGCAAAGAAGAUUGUUCCUCAACCACCACCUCAAAGACAACAACAAUUUUCACCACAACCACAAGUUCAAUCACAGCCUGUUCAACAACCACAAGUUCAACAACAACCUGUUGCUAAAUCGACUCCACCACCACCACCACCUCCACCAGCUGCAGCCUCAAAACCAAAAGAUCCAACUUUUAAAGCUGCUUAUGAUUUUGUUGGUACAGGUAGUGCAUCAGAAUUACCAAUUUCAAAAGAUGAAAUUGUUUAUAUAUUAAGAAAAGAAGGUAAUGGAUGGUGGUUAGCCAAGACAUUAGAUGGAUCAAAAGAAGGUUGGGUCCCAGGUUCAUAUGUUGUUGAAUGUGAACCACCUUCAUCAAUUUCAAAUAAUGAUCAAUCUCAACCAUCAACUCAACAUACAAGUUAUAUAAAUGAAACUGAAAAAUCAACUCCAAUAACUACAAAUUCAUCAAAUGAUAAUAAUUUAGCUGGUGGAUUAGCUGCUGCUUUAAUGGCUAAGAAACAAGAAGAAAGUUCUUUAGCUGGUGGUCUGGCUCAAGCAUUGAAAGAUAGAGCUGGUAAAAUGAAUGUUGAUAGUGAUGAAGAAGAGGAAGAAGAUGAUGAUUGGUGA